AAAUUGGAUUUUUGUAGUAUACUAUUCUUCUUCAAAUAUCUUUUUCUUUCUCUUGAUUCUUGAAUAUCCUAUUUAGUUCUUCCUUUCCUCGGUAACUUUCUCUUUCAUUCUCUCUCUCAAAUUAAACCGUGAAAAUGAGACAUUUGAUUCAAUCCACUCUCAAAGCAAUCAAGUCAGGUUCAAAUGUGAAAAAUGCUGCCAUUCCUGGCCCCCGGGCCUCAUACCUGGUCAGAUAUAUGAGUAGUGAUGCAUCACUGGACUCAACUACAGAAAGCAAUAAAAGUUACAAAGGGCAUGGUAUGCUGGCACCUUUCACAGCUGGCUGGCAAACGACCGAUACACAUCCAUUGGUGAUAGAUAAAUCUGAGGGUUGCUAUGUGUACGACAUUCAGGGAAAUAAGUAUCUUGAUUCUCUUGCUGGCCUGUGGUCCACAGCCUUAGGAGGUAAUGAAUCUCGACUUAUUGAUGCUGCAACUACACAGUUGAAAAAAUUGCCAUUCUACCAUUCUUUCUGGAAUCGAACUACCAAAGUUUCUUUGGAUCUUGCUGAGGAGCUUUUACAAAUGUUUACAGCAAGAAAAAUGGCGAAAGCUUUCUUUGUAAAUAGUGGAUCAGAAGCUAAUGAUACUCAGGUGAAGCUGGUUUGGUACUACAACAAUGCCCUUGGAAGACCAAAUAAGAAAAAAUUUAUUGCUCGAUCAAAAUCAUACCAUGGUUCCACUCUCAUAGCUGCUAGCUUAUCAGGGCUUCCUGCCUUGCAUCAACAAUUUGAUUUGCCAGCUCCUUUUGUGUUGCAUACUGAUUGUCCUCAUUAUUGGCGUUAUCAUCUCCCAGGUGAAACGGAGGAGGAUUUUGCUACCAGGUUGGCAAAUAAUCUAGAAAAUCUUAUUCUCAAAGAGGGCCCAGAGACGAUUGCUGCAUUUAUUGCUGAGCCUGUCAUGGGAGCAGGAGGUGUCAUACCUCCCCCAGCGACGUAUUUUGACAAGGUUCAAGCCGUAGUGAAGAAAUAUGACAUUCUCUUUAUUGCAGACGAGGUUAUCUGUGCAUUUGGAAGACUCGGACACAUGUUUGGAUCUGACAAAUACAAUAUCAAACCAGACCUUGUCUCCAUGGCCAAGGCUCUGUCUUCAGCUUACAUGCCCAUUGGAGCCAUUCUUGUAAGCCCUGAAAUUUCUGAAGUUAUACAUUCUCAAAGCAACAAACUUGGUUCCUUUUCUCAUGGAUUUACAUAUUCUGGGCACCCGGUAGCAUGUGCUGUUGCACUUGAAUCAUUGAAGUUGUACAAGGAAAGAAAUAUUGUUGAGCGAGUACAGAAGCUUACACCAAGAUUUCAAGAUGGAUUGAGAACAUAUGCAGACAGUCCUAUCAUUGGGGAGAUAAGGGGAACUGGCUUGAUUAUUGGAACUGAAUUCACGGACAACAAGUCGCCAAACGAUCCAUUUCCUCCUGAAUGGGGAGUUGGUGCAUAUUUUGGGGCACAAUGUCAGAAGAAUGGAAUGUUAGUUCGUGUAGCCGGUGACAACAUUAUGAUAUGCCCUCCACUCGUGAUUUCUGAGGAAGAAAUUGAUGAGCUAAUUAGCAAAUAUGGGAAAGCACUGAAGGCUACUGAGGAGAGAGUGAUGGAGCUGAAAGCACAGAAGCAGUAAAGAUUCUUAAUUGGUUGAUGAUAAUGGUGAAAAUGAAUUUCUUCCAAUAUGAUUCUUAACUCUUUGUACAUGAAGAAGGUGGCUUCGGAUGCCAUGGCUUUGGGUGGCAUAAUAGCCACUGUAAGAACAGUACUAUAUCUUGCUAUUUAUCAAAAGGGAAACAAAAUAAAAUGAUCAUUUUUCUUUUUU